CAAACGUCUGCACCGACGAGCGCUUCAGGGCUUGUACCAAUACUAGUGUGAACAUCCCUCAUGUCAUCCGCCCCUCCUCAAAGGCAACCUGAAGAUGGCCAUACGUUCGCCCGAGUGAUACAGUUCAUGAUCAAUAAGGCUGCCAGCGGGUCAAUCAAGGAGCUCGACGGACUAUGCAACAUUGCACAACAUUGGAAACCAGAGCAACUUCUCAUACUACUCCCAGUCUUCUAUCACCACCUUGAUCCUGCUCGCAUCCCCGAUGUGGUCACUUCGAGGGAUGUGAGGAGUAUUAUGCUUGCAAGGUACUCCCUUAAAGGAGUGCUGGUCACGCUGAAUCGUGUCAAUUACCCAAAGGAAUUGACGCAGGCGCUACAGACCAUCGCUGACAACCUUAUAUCCAAUUGGCAUCGCUGUCAUCUCUGGGUCAAUUUCUUUUAUCGUCACUUCUUCGCCUCCAGCAACCCCGCCCGCCUUCCGGGUCUUCUCAUAACUAGAUCAGAAGCGCUGAAGCUCGUUGUUAACAUGCUGAUGCGGAUGGGCUUAAUCGGCGACUCACAAACACCACAGUCACUGAUCAAUACACCAUCUCUACACCCCAUCAUCUCGCAGCUGUGGCGCAUGGCCGUCACCUCAAAGGACAAUGACUUUCUCACCGAGGCUGAUAAGGUAAUGGGCAGCAAGGAGCAAGGAGCAUUCCAGGAACACAUGUCAUACGUGGUGCAGACAUGCCUGGAUGUUGACCAUCCUUCUUUUACGACCACCCUUAUUCAUGUCGCAGGAGGCAUUAGAGCCAUGGCUUCUAUUGUCUUCAAGUAUAUCAGAAAUAUCCGCUGUCUGUAUAGGAAGAAGGUCGUUUCUGGACAAAGCAUCGACGAUACCACUUCAUGCGAUUCUGUUUUCGGGGUGCCUCGUUGGCAAAUAAUGCUCAUUAAUUGCUUUGGGAAUUGUGCAAACCUACUAUUCGUUACCAGUCAACAGCAUAGCGCCUUGCGAGAGGCCUACAUCGAUCGCAACCUCGUGGCCGUCAUUAUCUACACCCUUCGUGAUCUAUGUCAACUCUCUUUAACCCUGAAGCACGAUGACUUUGCCAAACAUAUCAAGAAGGCAUUUGAGGAUGCUUUAGGUUACAUUGCACUACUCAUGGGAGGCCCUGUGGAUGACCUUGUGGCCGUUAUAUGUCAGGCCCUUCGGGCGCGAUUUCUCCCUACCGUCCUUCAAGCUCAUACCUGUAUUCCCGGCGCGAAUACGGCGGAAUGCCUUAAUGCAUUGUUGAUUACUGCCCUUCGUUCAUACCUCACGUUCGACAAGGUCUUGCGGAUCGCAGGGAGCGAGCUAGACGCUGAUGAGAAGUCGCUAGAUGCGAUUGCUCAGCGCGAUACAGACCUACUCCAGGCUUGGAAUCUGUUCAAAAAAGACGUCCGAGGCUUCUUGGACCUUAGGAGCCAGAUACCCGCGGCAUCGAUAUUCUUCGAUCGUCAGUGUGCUGCUGUGCAUAACAGUGAUGAAUGGCAUCCGCAGUGGGAUCUAUUCCAGUGUGCCAGGUGCACCGUUGCGAGAUAUUGUUCUAGACAAUGCCAGAGCAUGGAUUGGGAUCAGGGCCAUCGUUUGGCGUGCAAGUACCUCAAAGCUGCCAUCGGCCCGAAUGCUUCACGAUAUAUCAGGAGAAGCCUGUUCCUUUUGGCCAAGAUCGAAGAUGCUGAAAUUCAGUCCCACCAAGAGUUCAUAUCUCAAUUGUCGGUGACCGCUCAGGCAGAGCACCCGGAAUUCCAGGAUCUCCUUGUUCUCGAGAUCGAUCCCGUCGCAGAGGGACCCUCAGAUAAAUUCAAAUUCAAGCCGGUAUCAAACUAUCUUCAUAUCUUCCCGGACGCAUCGGAACGUCCAUGGCAAGUGGCUGGCAGGUGGCGCCAAUCUACAGGACUGUAUAGCCUUUGCCUGCCGCCUGUGAUGCGUAUUCACGAGGGAUUUGAGAUAACGGAUAAGCCGAAUUUGCUCUUUAGCCCAUCCACGGCGCUCAGGAUGGCGUUUAAAGAGCACGGAUUAGACGCUUGUGUCAACGAUGGUGCCUCGAGCGUCUAUUAUUCUGGGAAUUCCUUGUGAUCGUGCUGCGGUUGAUCUGCUGCCGUUCUGUUGUAUAGUAUAAUAUGCCUCCGGAAUUUGUCUGUUGUCAUCUUGAGAUCUAACUGUACUAUUGGAGCUUUCGUUUCGCCUUGAUUGUAUACCAAAUUGCACCGUAGCUAUAAAGAUACGUUAGCAUAUGAUAUGGAAGGAAAUAUUUAUUAUCGUCGUGAGGACGAGUGACGCC